CUUCUUUACCCCGCGAUUGGACACCGCCCCACCACAUCAUCGCCUUCAUCAUCAUCCUCAAUCCCCCUCUCCCCGUUUGUUUUUUUCUGUUAAUUUCCCCCAUUUUCGCCGCGAAACCCAACAGUCCGCCAGCUCUUCUUCUUCUUCAGUGGGUUCGGUUCUUGGCGGCGAGUAGGAGAAGAAAGGCCGGAGAUUGGACUCCGAUUCGCAAUUGGGUAGCUGGGUGUUUGGUGGCUUCGUGUUUGUUUGGGUGCAUAUUCUUGCGGGCUCUUUUUUUUUUUUUUUCCGGGUGUGUGGUGUGGGUUUAGCCUUUUGAUUCUGAGCCGUUGAUCCUUUGGGAGGGGAAGUAUCAAAAGAGAAGAGGGCUUUUGUUUUGUUUUUACUCUUUGGUGGGUGUCUUAAAGUAUCCAACUUGGACUUCCACCUCACUCUCUCUUUCUCUGGCACGCCAUGAAAGCAGGUCGGAUCCCCUCUCUCUCUCUCCCUCUCUGCCUGCUGAUUAUUAUUUGCUCUUGCUUCUCACCGUGUUUUGCAUGUUUGUCUUCUUGGCUUAUGCUUGCUCGUUUCCGAUUGAUUUGGUUUACUCGUUUGGGAUCUACGAUUAUUAGACAUUUAGACUUAAUGUCAUGGGCGAUUGGGGAAGUCUGACUUGUUGUUGUCCUCUCCUUUCAUUUCAAAUUUUUUUGGUCUUUUGGACUUUCCUCUUUUGGGUUUGAGUUGGAUUGGGCAGCUACAGUCUAGCUAUGACCAAUCAAGCAAAGUUCAGGUGCCUAGAUAUAUGAAUUUUGUUCAUGGACCGAGUUUGUUCAUUCCGCUAGUUAACUUUAGGAAUCUGGGAAUUAAAGUGUAGCUCUGUUUUUAGUUUUUACCAGUCGGUCUCUUAAGUUCUUAUGGAAGGGCAUAUAGGGAGUGGCUGUUAGAGUAGAUUGCUAUUUUCUGGCUGCAAUUAAUGGAUGUUACCUAUAUAUAGGGCGGUAAAAUCCCAGAUAUCGGCCGGGUUCUUGUUCUUGUUUGAUUCACAAGACAAUCAACGUCUUAUUUGUUCACGGCUCUUAUGUGGACACUUGUCUUCUAUUUGUGUGGGAAUGUGACGAAAUGUGCUUCGAUUAGUUUCAAACGAUUCGGGAAAAACAGUUUUAGCUUAUGUUUAGAUUCUCGGCCGGAAGAAUGCCAGGUAGCAUUGUGAGUUAUGAUGAUUGAUUACCUUGGAUAUGCCCAACGAUCAAAAAGGAAGGGAAAAUUGUCUACUUUCGUACGGUCUAAGGAUAUGGAAUGGAAGGAAGGAAUAGUGAAUGAUUUUGGUUGUUGGUGGAACUUAGAAUGGAAGCUGUCAAAUUGGAGAUAGUGCAAAUCUUUCCCAUCUUCUCUGGAGGCCCUUCAACUAAUAAUCAGUCUGCUUAGCUGUCAGUCAGCCUUCUGCUUUGGUGUGGGAGCAUGCCCUUCAAUCCCUCUCGCGUCUGAAUAAGAAUCAGAGGAUAUUAUGCUGAAUUGUAUGGUACAUGACUUGAUUUUUUCAAAGCCAUAUGUUUAGUUGUUAGAGAUGUUGGGCUAAGUCUCGGUGAAUGUUGUUUAUUUGCUGGAAACCUACUAUGUUCAAGUGAAUGGUGUUCAUUGUUUGAACCUACCGAGCUAGUUGAGUGAAGGAUUUGAUUCUCUCUUUUUAGGUCUUAUGUUAAAUCUUCACAUGGAUCUAUUGUGCGACUACUACCUUUACUAGAUAUCCUUCUUUUUUCUUAUGGAAGGUUCCUACAAAUUAAGUUUAACUGAUGACAAUUUUGAAUCAUUACUUUUCCGAUCUGGGAUUUUGCUGAAUCCACAGGCUGCUUUUUAUGAGUCAAUUAAAGUCUGGUAAAAAUAACAUAAGUGAUUGUGAUAAGGCACGAUGGUUUAAGGGUGCUUCAUGGAGAUCCAUGCUGGUUUUGUGUUGGCUGUGAUUUUGACAAGAUGAGACACAUGAGUUUUGCCUACUUUUUCGUGAGCUGUUGAAUGUUGCAACUUUCAACACUGAUUAGCAGUAGAUAACAUAUGUUACAUGGAAACUGAGAUAACAUGUCCGUAAAAAUAAUCGGGAGUUUUUCACUGAAAGGAUGUGAUAUCUGAUUUGCAUGGUUACAUGGAAUGCUAUUUACAGGGGAUUUCUAGAUAUUAUUGCAAUAAUCCAGGUCAAGGUCAAGGUCAUCUAUCCAUAAGGAUUGAAGCUUGCGUACCACUUCACUUAAUCAAAUGGGAACAGGUGAAGAGAGCGGACCUGCUAAACCAUCUAAACCGGCAGCUACUUCUACUCAGGAAGUUCAAUCAACACCCGCAUAUCCAGAGUGGCCAGGUUCUAUGCAGGUUUAUUAUGGUGCUGGAGCCACUCCACCUUUUUUCCCAUCAACUGUUGCUUCUCCCCACCCCUAUGUAUACCAGCAUCCAUUUGUACCACAUUAUGGCACCCCAGUUCCAUAUCCAGCUCUAUAUCCUGCAGGGGGUGUGUAUCCUCACCCUAAUAUGGCCAUGGCACCGAACACAGUAGCACCAAGCGCGGAGACGGAAGGAAAGGGAGCUAAUGGAAAGGAUCAGGCCUCUGCAAAGAAGGCAAAGGUAACACCAGUAAGCAAAGUUGCAGAGAGUGGAAAAGCAGCUUCAGGUUCAGGGGACGGUGGCUCCCAAAGUGGAGACAGUGGCAGCGAGGGCUCAUCAGAUGGUAGCGAUGACCAGCAGGUCCAGGAAUAUACAGCAAGUAAGAAGGGAAGCAGCUUCAAUCAGAUGCUGGCAGAUGCCACUGCACAAAACAACAAUGGUGCACCAAACCCCCAUGGUGCUGUGCCUGUUGCAUCUGUUCCAGCAACCAAUCUAAAUAUUGGGAUGGACUUAUGGAACGCCUCUCCUGCUGGUGCUGCCUUGGGAACUGCAAAAAUGAGGUCGAAUCCCCCUGGUGGUUCAUCGUCAAUGCCUGAGCAAUGGCUUCAGAAUAUCAAGUAUUGUUCUUCUCAGGAUGAGCGAGAAAUUAAAAGGCAGAAGAGAAAGCAAUCUAACAGGGAGUCGGCUAGAAGAUCAAGAUUACGCAAGCAGGUAAAGUUUUCAGCUGAAUGUGAAGAGCUACAACAUAGGGUACAAAACCUGACCAAUGACAAUCACGCUCUUAAAAAUGAGUUACUGAGGCUUUCUGAGGAGUGCGAGAAACUGAAAUCUGAGAAUGAUUCCAUCAAGAAAAAAUUGAAGGACUCGUACGGGCAAGAAGCAGAAGAUCAGCUUGAGCAAAACAACCUGACCUCGCGAGGUGAUGAAGGGAAUAGUUGAGAGAUGACAUUAGGAGGCUACUUCUGAUAGAUAUAUAGAGCUGCCCUACCCAGUUGGUCUACUCGCAGUUACGAAGUAUUGACCACCUUAUUGAGCCAUAGGACAAUGAUUCUCUUCACUGAUCUAUACCCUAUUUACCCUUAACCCUUUUUAGUUGUAACAGUGUUUUCAACAAAUUUUUUUUAACACCCCCUUUAUAAGGACUGUAACUGAGCUGGAAUCCGUGCUCAUGAGACCUAUACGACUGCUUUGUUGUGCCAUUAUUAGUCAAGCAGGUCGUAACAAGGCCGUGUCUGGGGAUAUUUGUGUAUUGCUACAUACAGUAGUCUGGUUAAUUUUUCCUCCAUUGAACAGAAGGAUAGCGAUUCUCGAAUCAAUGUGCGUAUAUGAACCUUUUUUGUUAAAUAGAAAGUCAAAUUCAUUCCAACAGCUGAAACAAA